GAAGUUUGAAAGAUGGCAGUUUCGCUUUACUGACGGCAAUGUAGUUGUAAACAUUGUUAAAUAGUUAGUUUUGUGACUCUUUUCUUUCUUUUUUACUUACUUCUUUUUUUAAUCAACGUGUGUUAGAGUUUUUACUGCCCGUCAAAUUUAGUGGAGCUCAUCAUGCUGUCUCACAUUAUUUUUCUUAUUUUAGUAUCUUGUUGCAUCGUGGAGUCAAAGAAAAGAAAUGUACUGUUAAUAAUCGCUGAUGAUGCUGGUUUUGAAACGGAGGUAUAUAAUAACUCUGUCGUCCACACCCCCCACCUUCGCUCUCUGGCCCAGCGCAGUGUGGUGUUCAGUAACGCCUUCACAUCUGUGAGCAGCUGCUCCCCUAGCCGUUCCACCAUCCUCACCGGCCUGCCGCAGCAUCAGAACGGCAUGUACGGACUUCAUCAAGGGGUUCAUAACUUCAACUCCUUUGAUGGAGUACAAAGUUUGCCUCUACUCCUCAGCCAGGCCAACAUACACACAGGUAUAAUCGGAAAGAAGCAUGUCGGUCCUGGAUCAGUUUACCCUUUUGAUUUUGCCUACACAGAAGAAAACAACUCUGUCCUCCAGGUGGGGAGGAACAUCACCCGGAUCAAACUUUUGGUUCGCAAGUUUUUUCAGACUCAUAAAGAGGAGGUUUUUAAACGAAGGGGAAUGGAAGAAGAGACAAAUGGCAACAAUAGGAAUAUGAAACAGGAGGAGAGGCCAUUUUUCCUUUAUGUAGCCUUCCACGACACGCACCGAUGUGGCCAUUCACAGCCCCAGUACGGAGCUUUCUGUGAGAAGUUUGGGAAUGGAGAAAUGGGGAUGGGUAGAAUCCCUGACUGGACUCCAGUAUAUUACACACCAGAACAAGUAAAGGUUCCUUCUUUUGUGCCGGACACACCAGCAGCUCGAGCCGACUUGGCUGCACAGUACACCACAGUCAGCAGGUUGGAUCAGGGUAUCGGAUUAGUUCUGCAAGAACUCAGAGAUGCUGGUUAUGAGAACGACACUCUGGUUAUCUACAGCUCAGAUAACGGCAUCCCCUUCCCAAAUGGCAGAACCAACCUGUAUCAGUCCGGGACAGCAGAGCCCAUGCUUGUGUCGUCUCCAGAACAGAAGGAGCGGUGGGGAGACACCAGUCAGGCCUACGUCAGCCUGCUGGACAUCACUCCCACCGUUCUAGACUGGUUUUCUGUGUCCUACCCCUCAUACAGCCUCCCUGGUAGCCCUACCACACAGGUCCUCCUCACUGGUCGCUCCCUACUGCCUGCUUUAGUCUCCGAGCCCAGCAGCUGGCACACAGUCUACUCCAGCCAGUCCCUGCAUGAGAUAACCAUGUACUACCCGAUCCGUUCUGUCCACCAAGGGGCGUAUCGCCUACUUCACAACCUGCAUUACCGCAUGCCUUUCCCCAUCGAUCAGGAUCUGUACGUGUCGCCCACCUUUCAGGACCUGCUGAAUCGCACCAGGCUGCAUCAGCCGACACACUGGUUCAAAAGCCUGGACCAGUAUUACUACAGAGAGCGCUGGGAGCUGUUCGACACCAGGAAAGAUCCCCUGGAAAUGAAGAACCUGGUAUCAGACCCAGCCUACAGCGACGUGCUGGAGAACCUGAGACAGACUCUGCAGAAGUGGCAGUGGGAGACAGGAGACCCUUGGGUCUGUGGACCAGACUACGUCCUGGAGGACAAACUGGUGCCACACUGCAGACCCCUCCACAAUGGACUCUGAUGCUACUUUGACUCAUCUUUAUUGAAGUGAUAAAAGCAUUUACCUACAAAUCCAUGACAUUUAUUUAAAUUUAUAUUUUUCUAUGCUAGCACUGCUUUUAAUGACAGGAAAUAAACUAUUUCAAUUCUUGA